AUGCAGUCGUUCCGCACUCUUCCGCCUGACGAAGACGGUGGACGCGAGGUAUUCGACGGUCCUCUACAGCAGAAACACCAAUCGAAUAUCACGCCUGCACCCCCUCAAAAGAUCUACCCAGGAGACGCUCCCGUGAAAAAGACAACUUUGAACUCGAAUUCUGUCAAACCUCACCAAAAUGUCGGUCAUCCUGGAAAGAAAGUCAUGUUGUUCCAAGCGAUGCUCGCGGUAGCGGUGUGCAUUUGUCUUGGGUGGACACUGUGGCUUAUCUUGUUGAACGUGGCGCCCAAUGACACAGUGAACCGAGUCAUGAACACGGAAACCUUCGACUACGGAUCGUUCUGGCUGAUGGUAGAUCCGUCGAAAACUAUGGUGGGAUUCGCCACGUUUGGGCUCUCAGUUGUGGCGCUAGGAUACCUGGGUGUCUUCGUUAAAUUGCUUAUAACUCUCCGCAGUUCAAAGCAAUUGUAUCUAGUUCAUCAACUCACAAACAAGAACUUUAAAGAGAAAGUUGGGAAAGCUUUGCACGAUGCCACUGACCAGCGGACCGGGAGCAGAGUGACGUCGGCUACGGCCCAGUUGGCUUUAAGCCUCACCCGUGAAGACAGUUCUGCUCGAAAACGCAUCAAAUUACUGAUGAAAUUUGGAGAUUUGGCACUGGAAACGCUACUGCUUUAUCAGAUGCUCGAAGGCGGCUCACCAGCACCUCUAAUUGCCAUAUUUACAGUCGUAGUCGCAACAAACGCACUAGCCUGUGCAUUGAUGAUGUUCGUGCCGCACGAACGAGCCCCACUCGCCGAAACGCUUAUCGACAUCUUAUUUGACUUUCUCAUCAUUGUGGGUUGCCCCAUGCUCGUCGUUCUGUAUUGUUUAUCCAGUUUCACGUUCGACCGUGCCAAGUUUGCGAUUAAUCUGGAGAUUUUCCCUCCUGGCUGGUUCGAACAAGGAGCGAGUGUGAUUGCUGAUGCCGAACAAACUGCAGUGAUUUAUGAAAGUCUGAAGUCACUACGGAUAAUGACUCCUCUCAACUUUUUUACUCGAAUUGGAGUGAACUUGACGCUGUGUUUUCGACUUUGGCAUCUAGUGGAUCUCCUCCGCGACUAUUCCAGGCAAAACAGCAGCGUAUACCCCAAGAAACAUCGUUUAGGAGCGGCUUUCCUCACCGUAUUCGCCAUUCUGCUGGUGGUGUUUGUGGAAGAAAGCAUGCGAACGUCCUCCCUAGCAUGCCAGCCACACCAAGAAUGUGUCGUGAAUGCGCGUCGAUGGACGAUUCUGGAGACUGGAUCUCUUACACAGUGCCCCUGCUUAAUGCUGAUUGACCGUGAUACAGCCCCCAAGACGUAUGCUGAGUGGGAGAAUCCAGCGAAUGUGACGGAUAAAGUCGCUCAAUUAGCAUCAAUGGGCGAUCUUCAGACGCUUCAAUUGACUAACCGCUACUUGGGGGUUCUGCCCGAUGAGCUCCGACGUUGCAAAGGCUUGAGACACCUAUCGCUGGAAUAUACCCAUACUCAAAUGUUUCCAGCUUGGAUCAAGGAAUUCACCAAGCUCGAAUAUCUACAUGUGGAAAGCAAGUUUACAAGUCCAGUGGUGGUUUUACCAGACGAUAUGUUUGACGACAUGUCGGUGCUCACCUUCAUCCAUUUCGCCGCGUUUAUUCCAAUGACCAAACUUCCCUCGUUGGAUGGUCUCACGAAUCUCAAGUCACUCACACUGGCCGUCUUUCUCUUACUUGAAGAGGUGCCUGACUUUGAUCGUCUUGGUAACCUCGAGCGGCUCGUUCUCGCUUCAAUGCCAGCAAUGUUAAGUCUGCCUGACUUUUCGCCUGCUACACAUCUUAAGUCAUUCGCGGCGUCGGAUCGUGGAGCUUGGUGCUGUAAUGGAUUUUUAGGAGACUGCAAUCUGGAAGACUCAAAGUGCGGUGUCCAUCCAGUGUGGGGAAGCCCAGCGGUGUCUUGUUUGGCUUCCAAUCGCACGGAUAAAAUCGCAACCACGGCGACACUUUCUGCGGUGGAAAAGUUUAGUAUAACGACGUGUGGUCCAGCACUGCAAACUGGAGUUCUUGAGGGCCCUCCGACUCCAGAGCUCAUGGCACCAUGCAAUGGAACUAUGUACCGGCAAUGCGGAAAUACGGAGGCCAUGUGCUACAAUGCUCGCUUCAUGGGAAUAGCGUGCACGACAAACCGAUUUCCCAUUGAGAUGCGACGGCGACAAAUUGCUCAAAGAGUCGGAGAACCGUGCGACCCAGAUAUUGAGGCGUGGCUCGGGUGCAAGUAA